AAUGCAUUUUUUUAGAAUUGAAAACAUAAUCAAGAUACCAUAUGUAAAAUAAGAUUACAAACACUAAUUUCUUAAAACUAAUAAAUUCAAAAAUGAAUUUAUCAUAUUAAAUGAAGAAUCUGAAAGUCAUUAAGCUUUAUUUCAUGUUUACAAACCUAUGGAUGAUUAGAUAUAUUUUGUUAAAAGAGUAAUAUUUUAAAUCUAUUUUUUUAUAGAUUCAUUUACAAGCUACUUUUAAUUCAUCAUUUAUGUAUGUUUUUCAUUCAAAUGAUAUACAUAUAAGUAAAGCCAAAAUACUUGCUUCCCUUUCGCAUCCUAAUCUAAUUAGAUUAUAUGACUGGUGGCUAGAAAUUCUCAACUUUAAACCAUAUCUUUUUAUGUAAAUUGAAUAUUGCACAUAUCCACGUUAUAUAUCAUAAACCAAAAAUUUGCUUAGCUAUGCAUAUUUUUAUAUGAACCCUAUGGAUUGCAAAUAAAAACAUAAGUUAAUUUAGAAUAUUAUGCAAUAAAUAAUAUAAGGCUUAGAAUUUUUAAAAUAAAGAAACAUUCAUAUAAUAGAUUUAAAACCAGAAAAUAUUAUAGUUACAAUUACUAUCACUGGAGAUUUAUAAGUAAUUUAUAUUGUAGAUUUUUAAUAGGUCUUAAUUUCUGAUUUCAACCCUACUGAUAAUAAAUCAAAAUCAAAAAAUAUAGAAAAUAUAUCUGUUGCUUUUGGAGCAUUAAUUAUGCAUUUAAUCUUAACAUUCCCAGGAGAUGGCACACUCAGAAAUAACUAUAUUAUUAAAUUUUAAAGUAUGAACUUAUAGGAUUCAAUAUCACUUUUUGAUUCAUGGGCUCAAAAAGUUAAAAAUAGAAAUCGAGAUUUUUCAUUUCAUCUCUUUAAAAACUUAAUGCUAUAAGCUCUAUCCCUUUUAACAAAUUAAUAUCAUGAUUUCCAUGAACUUAAAACUAUUAUUUAAAAAAUCGUUUGA